CCUUUAUUUUAUCACUUUCUGCGCUUUCAAUUGAAUUGCCCUGUUGUCUGAGGGAGAAGUGCACUGCUUGCCUGCUUGCGACGGUGACUUGAUCUGUAGACCGCUGUGUUGCGCGAACAAGGCUACGGAGGAAAUCUGUGCACCGCAACAUCUUCAGUCAAUUCGAUUUAUGUCCACCUAGUUGAAAGGAAUAUCUGCAACUGCAGGAGGACUAUCCCAGGAUCGAACACACAAAUAGCCCAGUAGACAACACUAGGAUUCAGAAUCUUUCCUAGUUUGACGUUUUGACUAUCAGGAAAGAGUCUGUUGGAGACGGAAUUCAGCUAUGGUUUCCGAUACGACGAUCUAUCAAAGCUAUCUUUUAUGAACUUUUUUCUGUUUUGGAAGUAAGCAAGUUUUAAGCGGGCCAUCUGCUGGAAUAGCAUCAUAAUUGUACCUAAACUAAAGGGAAUAAAAUGCCGGACCAGAUCACAGUGUCGGAGUUCAUAGCCGAAACGAAUGAAGACUAUAAAGCGCCCACAGCUUCAAACUUCACGACGCGAAUGUCUCAUUGUAGGAAUAGUGUGACUGCUCUGGAGGAGGCAUUGGAUGUGGACCGUAGCGUGCUGUAUAAGAUGAAGAAGUCAGUCAAGGCCAUCUACACCUCUGGUCUGGCUCACGUGGAGAAUGAGGAGCAGUACACCCAGGCGCUGGAGAAGUUUGGAGAGAACUGUGUAUACAGAGAUGACCCAGACCUGGGCUCCGCGUUCCUGAAGUUUUCCGUCUUCACCAAAGAGCUCACGGCCCUUUUCAAGAACCUGUUUCAGAACAUGAACAACAUCAUCACCUUCCCACUGGACAGCCUGUUGAAGGGGGACCUUAAAGGAGUGAAGGGGGACCUGAAGAAGCCUUUUGAUAAAGCCUGGAAAGACUACGAGACCAAAGUCUGCAAAGGACAUUCUUUACUGAGAGGCACCAAGAUCGAGAAGGAGAAGAAGGAGCAUGCUCGACAGCACGGCAUGAUCCGCACGGAGAUCAGCGGCGCCGAGAUCGCAGAGGAGAUGGAGAAGGAGCGGCGCUUCUUCCAGCUGCAGAUGUGCGAGUAUCUCCUCAAAGUGAAUGAGAUCAAAAUCAAGAAAGGGGUGGACCUUCUCCAGAACCUCAUCAAGUACUUCCAUGCACAGUGCAACUUCUUCCAGGACGGUCUGAAGGCAGUGGACAACCUGAAGCCCUCCAUUGAGAAGCUGGCCACUGACCUGCACACAAUCAAACAGGCACAAGAUGAGGAACGCAAGCAGCUAACUCAGCUGAGAGAUGUGCUCAAGUCUGCACUUCAGGUGGACCAGAAGGAGUCUAGGAGAGAUUCUCAGGUGAGACAGAGCGCCACCUACAGUCUGCACCAACCACAGGGCAACAAGGAGCAUGGCACAGAGAGGAGCGGGAACCUCUACAAGAAAAGUGACGGCUUGAGGAAGGUGUGGCAGAAGAGGAAGUGCUCGGUGAAGAACGGCUACCUGACCAUAUCACAUGGCACGGCGAACCGACCGCCAGCCAAGCUCAACCUCCUGACCUGCCAGGUCAAGCACAACCCAGAGGAGAAGAAGAGCUUUGACCUCAUCUCACAUGACAGAACGUAUCACUUCCAGGCAGACGAUGAGGCGGAAUGUCAGAUAUGGAUCUCUGUGCUGCAGAACAGUAAGGAGGAGGCGCUCAACAACGCCUUUAAGGGCGACCAGCACGUGGGCGAGAACAACAUUGUGCAGGAGCUCACCAAGGCCAUCGUUGGGGAGGUCAAGCGGAUGACCGGCAACGACGUCUGCUGCGACUGUGGAGCUCCAGGUCCUACCUGGCUCUCAACCAACCUGGGCAUCCUCACCUGCAUCGAAUGUUCCGGCAUCCACCGCGAGCUGGGCGUACACUACUCCCGAAUACAGUCGCUCACGCUGGACGUCCUGAGCACCUCCGAGCUUCUGCUAGCUAAGAACGUGGGGAAUGCAGGCUUCAACGAGAUCAUGGAAGCCUGUCUGACUGCGGAAGAUGUGGUCAAACCCAACCCAGCCAGUGACAUGCAGGCGAGGAAGGACUUCAUCACGGCCAAGUACACAGAGAAGCGCUUCGCCAGGAAGAAGUGCCCCGAUGUCACGUCCAAGCUGCACACGCUGUGCGACGCGGUGAAGGCGCGCGACAUCUUCUCCCUCAUCCAAGUGUACGCCGAGGGAGUGGACCUGAUGGAGCCCAUCCCCCUGGCCAACGGACACGAACACGGAGAAACGGCUCUUCACCUGGCGGUCCGACUGGUAGACAGGACGUCACUGCACAUCGUGGACUUCCUGACGCAGAACAGCGUGAACCUGGACAAGCAGACGGCCAAAGGCAGCACGGCCCUGCACUACUGCUGCCUGACGGACAACAGCGAGUGCCUGAAGCUGCUGCUGCGCGGGAAGGCCUCCAUUGACAUCGCUAAUGAGGCAGGAGAGACACCAUUGGACAUCGCCCGGCGGCUCAAGCACAUUCAGUGUGAGGAGUUGCUCAACCAGGCGCUGGCGGGGAAGUUCAACGCUCACGUGCACGUGGAGUACGAGUGGCGUCUCCAGCACGAGGACCUAGACGAGAGUGAUGAAGACCUGGAUGAAAAGCCAAGCCCCCACCGGCGCGACGAGCGUCCGGUCAGCUGCUACACGCCGGGCUCCUCUCUCCAGCCCAGCCCGGCCUCGCUGGCACGGGACGCCGCCAGCCUGGUGAAGGACAAGCAGCGGGGUUUUGUGCCCAACCUGGUCAACAACGAGACCUACGGCACCAUCCUCAACACCAACCCCACGCCAGCAGGCCCGGGGGGCAUCACCGCAGCACCCCCGCUGCCCCCGCGGAACAUAGGGCAGCUGGCUGUUAUGGGCGGUCUGGUGCAGACGGUGACGUCGGGGUGGAAGCCGGGCUCCAAAGACCUGUCAGGCAGGCAGAGGUCAUCCUCCGACCCCCCAAACAUGCACCCUCCAGUGCCCCCCAUGCGCGUCACCUCCACCACCAUCCUGGGACCCAACGCCCCUCCCCCCGUGGCCAAGACGGUCAGUGUGAUGGAGGCCAUGAACAUGCAGCCAAAGACAGGACAGGGCACCAACCGAGGCCCCCCCUCAUCCAGCAUGGACAAAUUCAACAGAGGACCCCCGCUUCACUCCGGCUCCAUUGAGAGACCAGGUAGAUGUCAGAGAAACAUGUUCAACUCUAAGGAAGUUCCCGGCCCCCAUAACACCAUCAGCCAAUCGCUGCCCCCGGCCCCAGUGCCGCGAAAGCCGGGGUACUCGAAACAGAGGCCGAAGCGGGUGAAGGCUCUCUUCAACUGUGUGGCGGACAAUCCAGACGAGCUGACCUUCACCGAGGGCGAGGUGAUCGUGGUGGACGGGGAGGAGGACCAGGAGUGGUGGCUGGGCCACAUAGAAGGUGAGCCGAUGAGGAAGGGCGCGUUUCCUGUCACCUUCGUGCUCUUCAUAUCGGACUGACAAGCGGAGGUCACGGACACAGAGCGAGGCUGACGAGGUCGCCCUUUCCCGCCGAGAAGCGACUGUCGAGGUCUUCCUCUGUUCCAUCUUCAUCAUCGUCACAAUCAUCUUCGCAGUCAUGAAGCCAGUGCCUGUGCCGGUGCUUCCUGAGCAUCUGCAUUUGACAGCGUGACUUCACGGCAGCUUGUGACAUGACGGCACGCGCCCACCUUAAUAGGAAUGUCUCGCCUUCGUCAUCAUCAUCAUCGUCGUUGUCAUCGUCUCUCCUGUACAAGCUCUCGGCACUCAUGGGAACAUGUUUCGUUGCAUUAUCUUUUUGGUCCUUGUUUUUCUCCUUUUGUUCCGGCUGUGGCGAAAAACA